GAACGAUCGGCCUUAAGAAACUCAUAGAAACUUUAACAGAUAUCUCUAGUAGCGCUUUUGGGUAAUAAACCGAUGAUUUAGUCGAUAGUUGGCAUGCAGUGCGGGAGAAUUAGUAGUUUAAAGAAUUAUUUAGAUUCAACGACGUUAGUUUAACAAACGUCAUUUGUCACCAGUCUUUCAUUAGUCAUAAUGUGUAAUUUUGCUGACAAGUGUAAAUAACAGAAAAUUUUUCGGAAUUUAAAGGUUCGCAAAGAAAUCACUUAAGCUAUAGGCAAUUAAGGAUAUAUAGAAAGAGAAGCUUCUAGUUGUUGUGUUCCUAUUUGAUUUUAUGCGUUUCGUGUUUUAGCUGCAUUACCUUAAGUCGUUAACCUUUUCAAGAAUAAAAUUGAAAUGCUUGCAUGCUCGUAUCAACAAAAACAAUAUGCGCAGUGCAUACAAAAUAUUUUUGAUUUACAAUACAACGUUUUGAUAACAUUUUCCCGAAAUAUACAAAACAAACUAUAAAUAAUGGAAUUCAAUAUGGGGGGUAUAAGAGACUCUAUUUUUUGUUUGGGUUAUGACGAUUAACCAUAUUAAGCUUAUCUGCGUCCUCCACUGCAUUACUCUUAAUCUCUCUGAUUAGAUAUUCUCUAGGCAUUAACUGCUAGCCUUUAUAACCCGCCAUUAUUGAACCAAUCUCUUUAGUUUGCACAAAUUUUUUUGCAAACUAUGCUUCGUUCAACGAUUGCUUUAAGUGUGCUGAUCGUGCUUAACAGCGCUUUCGAUCUGAAUCACAUUGAACCCCACAUUGACAUACUACUUAAACCUUUAAAAACUUCCGACGAACGUAUACGCCAGCAUGGUUACCCCGCUGAGUCACAUUUUGUGGAGACGACAGAUGGUUAUAUUCUCAAUCUCUUUCGCAUUCCGUACUCGCCACGUUUGGGCAAUCAGCAUGACCGUAGGCCUGUAGUCUUCAUACAACAUGGUCUGUUCAGUUGUUCCGAUUGUUUUUUACUUAAUGGUCCGGAGAAUGCGAUUGCAUAUAAUUUCGUCGAUGCUGGUUUUGAUGUUUGGUUGGGCAAUGCGCGUGGCAAUAUUUACUCACGUAACCAUUCAACUUUAUCACCCGUAAACCCGAAGUUUUGGAAAUUCAGUUGGCAUGAGAUCGGCACCAUUGAUAUGCCCGAAUCGAUUGACUAUGUGCUCGAGCAGACAGGUGAAAGUGCAUUGCAUUAUGUUGGACAUUCACAGGGUGGCACAGUUUACUUUGUGAUGCUUUCUUCUCGCCCGGAAUAUAAUGUUAAAAUAAAAACCGGACAUGGUUUGGCCCCCGCUGUAUUUAUGGGUAAUGUAACCGACAGCAUUGUUUCGGCACUUGCACCUUAUGUAGGCUCACCUGGUAUGGGCACUAAUCUGCUCAGCGAUCAACCGUUUGUACCGUACAAUCCGCAUGUCCAACGCCUGCUGGAUACGGCUUGUGGCGGCGAACCAGCAUAUCCGAAAUAUUGUAAAACACUAUUUCUAAUGUGGGCUGGCGACGAGCAGGCGAACCUAAAUGCGACGUUACUACCUCAACUGGCCGAAACACAUCCUGCUGGCAUUUCGACUAAUCAAGGAAUACACUACAUACAACUUAAAGUGUCGAACAAGUUUCGUCAAUACGAUUUUGGUUCGAAGAAGAAUAAAAAAGAAUACAAACAGGAAGAACCGCCAGAGUAUCCUCUAGAAAAGAUCACUGCCAAUACAUUUCUCUACUACGGUUUAAAUGACGGUUCGGCUAAUUCGAAAGAUAUGAAACGUUUACCGGGUUACCUACCUAAUUUACGUCUGUUCUAUGAAGUUCCCAAUCCAACAUGGGGACAUCUGGAUUUCAUUUUCGCCAAGCAGGUUAAGGAGGAAAUCAACAAACCUGUAAUACAGUACUGUAAAGAUUAUGAGGAUCAAUAUUAAAAUAAUCAAUAAAAACUUCUAUGAACAAUA